AUGAUAAAAUUGAUACUAGACGGCAGCGCUACAACAAUCUCGUCGUCAAGUGAUUCAUCGUCAACAACUAUAAAAGUGACGACAGAUUGUCUUUCGCCUAGUACAAGUGUCUCUUUUACAUGGUACUAUUUUAAGGAAGGACAGACACCAGUAUUAAUUGAGAACAGCCAACCAUUAGAAUUAACUGACGAAUACGGCUGUAUGAAUGGACAUUGUGGAGGGAAUGGGGUUGUCAAGAUUACCAGUAAAUUGACCAUUAACGAAGAUCCCGAUGGAGAAUAUUACUAUUUUAAAGUUUUGGUCAAUCAGACUGAUGCACUCAAGAUGUUUAAUAUUACAGACCGAAAAUUUAAAAUGAAAGUUAAUUCAGAAAAUGAUGACAAUGGUUCUUCCAAUGUAGCGAGCUUCAUUGCUGUCGGAGUUAGCACAUUUGCAGUUACAGUGCUUUUGUUUAUCUCGUCGAUCGUUGUCUUUAAAUGCAUCAGGUUUGACAGUGUCAGUGUCAUAGAUUUGCACUGA